AGCGCCGAGUCAAAGGGACUGACCGUCACAAUCACUGUCAGGUCUCGCCAUGCUUGUGGUCGUGGUCGCUCUCCUGCUGGGCACGGCGACGGCCCAGUUCGACGUCUACUGGAACGUGCCCACCUUCAUGUGUCACAAGCACGGCGUCUUCGUCAACGCCUCGCGCUUCGGCAUUUUGCAGAACGAGGGCGACCAUUUUCGAGGCAACGUCAUGGUCAUUUUGUACGACCCGGGCCUUUUUCCCGCCUACCUAACCGACGAGCCCCAAGAAGAGGGCAUUUACGAGAGCAUCUUUGGCAAACAGCAGUACAGCGUUGUCGCCCGGAACGGCGGCUUGCCGCAAAAAGGAAACCUCACGCUACACCUCGAGGCCAUGAGGAACACAAUCAACGAGCUCAUCCCCAACCCCAUGUUUUCAGGAGCUGCAGUUAUAGAUUUUGAGUCUUGGCGGCCAACCUAUCGUCAAAACUGGGCAUCCCUAAAUAUUUACAGGGACAAGUCAAAAGCUCAGGCGAGGCAGGACCAUCCCUUUUGGUCAAAAGAGAGCAUUGAGAAUGAGGCAGAGAAACAAUUUGAGCGGUACGGCCGGCUCUUCAUGGAGCACACGCUGGCGGUGGCCAAGGACAUGCGGCCCAGAGCCAAAUGGGGCUACUACGCCUUUCCCUACUGCUACAAUUACACGCCGAAAAACAAGGGCUUCGACUGCCCUUCCGAAGUCAAAAACGAAAACAACGCACUUAAUUGGCUGUAUGCGGGCAGUGACGCUCUGUACCCCUCACUGUACAUGAGCAGACAAAAACUCAUUCCGGAACAGCACUUCAAAUUUGUGUAUGGCAGAGUUAACGAGGCCAAGAGACUGGCCAACAGAAUCAAGCCCAAGAGGCCUGACGUGCUGCCCUAUGUUUGGUAUAGGUACUACGACGAAAACGAGUACUUGACAACAGACGACGUCUACAACUGUGUAGGAGGGCCAAGGACGUUAGGCGUCCGAGGAGUAGUUUUGUGGGGCAGCGCCAAAGACGUGAACACCAAAGACAAGUGCUUGCGCUUUGAGCGUUUUGUGCAGGAAGUGCUUGGCCCGGUUGUUGAGCACGUCAAGACUGCGCCAGUUCAGGAAAUCGAGAAACGCCUCACAAGCAGAAGACGGCGAGCAAGUCUGCUGAAUGUGGACUGGAAAGCUUUAUUCCUGGACCCUAUUGCAAAUAUUCUGCACAAGAAGACAAAGCAGGCCAUUCCCAACAGGCAGUGAGAAUGGUGUUCAUGGUGUCGGGGGUGAAGGUCACCGGGCAAGGGGAGGUUUAUUGUGUGAUUUGACUCAUAGUGAGUCCUUAUUUCAGUCAUCAAUUGAGAUCUAAAUCUAAACCAAAGCAAAUCUACUCAGAUUUUAGACGUAAGACUGCAUUCAGAGAUCAUAAUUUGAAAACUUCCACCAUUAGCUUUUUUUUUUAAAUAUUUCUGAUAUUCAUUGUUGUUGUUUUCCGGAAUGUGCUUAGGUUGUAUAAUCGUAAAAAUGCAUUUUGUACGUUUUUAAGUCAAAUAAAAUAAAAAAGAAAUUA